UUUUUUGCUUCAUAGUUCAUACGUUGGUUCCAUUUUUUUAAUUUUACGUCUCCAUCACACCUUCUCCCUAUCCACUAAACACAGAUCCCAAACCUGACAAAAGCACAUUAGUAAAAAAUAAAGAAUCGUCCCUUUGUUUUCACGCAAUAAUUCCCUUAAAAUCCCUCUCUCUUUCUCUCACAUUCAAAGCUUCUGCUUAACUCCACCAGUAAUAUUACAUUCUCUCGUUUUCUCUGGUAGACUGGAAUAAACGAUGACUACCUUCUCCCGAUCCAAGUCCACCGGAGCUACCGGGUUUACGGAUUCUAAACCUACCCGGCCCGGCCCUCACAUGUACGAGAAUAUCCACGGCGACAAGUACAAAGAAGAUCAUAGCCCUACAAGCAUAGACUACUACGACGUCUCCACGCCGUUGAGCUCACACGGGUCGAGAUCCGGGUCUGGACAGUUCACGAUGCUCGACCUUCUGGCGGCGGUUCUGAGGAAGUCGCUGGUGAUGUCUUGUGCCAUGGAGAGAGGUGGUGAUGACAUGGCUGCGUCUAUGGAUAUAGGUUGGCCGACGGAGGUUAAGCACGUGAGUCACGUGACUUUUGACCGGUUUAAUGGUUUUCUCGGUCUUCCCUCUGAGCUCGAACCGGAGGUUCCUCCUCGAGCUCCAAGCGCCAGUGUGAGUGUCUUUGGAGUAUCAGCGAAGUCGAUGCAAUGCUCUUACGACAACAGAGGAAAUAGCGUCCCAACGAUCCUUCUCAGGAUGCAGAAACGUCUUUAUACCGAAGGAGGUCUUAAAGCUGAAGGAAUAUUCCGAAUAAAUCCAGACAAUGCCAAAGAAGAGUAUGUCCGAAAACAGCUAAACGGCGGUGUAGUUCCACGUGGAAUCGAUGUUCAUUGCUUGGCUGGUCUAAUAAAGGCCUGGUUUAGGGAGCUACCAACAGGAGUGCUUGAUGUGUUGACACCAGAGCAAGUGAUGAAAUGUAACACAGAAGAAGACUGUAGUAGGCUCGUGACUCUUCUUCCUCCAGUUGAAUCUGCACUUCUAGACUGGGCCAUCGGUCUAAUGGCUGACGUGGUUGAGUAUGAACAGUUCAACAAAAUGAAUGCUCGCAAUGUAGCUAUGGUUUUCGCUCCAAACAUGACACAAAUGGCAGAUCCUUUAACCGCAUUGAUCCACGCGGUACAAGUGAUGAACUUUCUCAAGACUUUGAUCUUAAUGAACCUCAAAGAGAGGGAAAAUGCAUAUGCGAAAUCGCGGGGAAUCGAUAAACAAACAUCAGAUCCAUCAGAAGAAUGGGAAUCACACGACUCUGAGAUAUUGGGCCCUAAGAAAUCAAGCAACAACCCUAAGUUCUUGAGAGUGUCUACUCUUUGUAGGCUAGAGGCUGACAAUGAAGAAGAGUUUUGGAACACUGAGAAGAGACACGAUCAUAAUGAUACAGCUGAAACCAUUGGGACUGUUCAGAGGCUGUCUAAGUUAAGCAAAUCGACAAAGAAACCUCUUGAAAGUAAUAAAGACGAAGGUAGAAGAGGACGAGAAGCUUGGGGCUCACGUCUCUCUUCUUUGCCUUGGUAAAUUUUACUUACCAUCCUUUCGUUUCCUUUUUUUUUUCUGCUUUUGAGUGUGUAAGAAAAUAUUGUGAAUUAUGAUUAUAGGUGUUAAUUGUUUGAAAUAGGUAUAAACUAUAAAGUUUAUCCAAUAAACGUCAAAGAUGGAAAUAAAUGUUUAAGAGAUCAGAGGUUU